ACAAAAGAAUACACGAUAGCAAGUUUUGAGAACUCUCUGCUGAAAACUUUGAGAGAGACUUGCCUUUUGCAAAAUGACAACACUUAAUAGCCUUGCACAGUUGUCGUUUCAAAAACAAAGCCACGCGAACCAAUUUUAGCUGAAGAAAAAACAACUUUGACAUGUUCUCUUUCGAAUUCGAUGUCCUUGACCAUUGGUGCAUAUGUGUUACUUUGUAGCCGUGUGCUUUGUCGGUAUUCGUUUCAAACGGAACAGGCAAUUCGAAAAUUAGCAUUUGAUACAAAGAUCGGGAAUUAGUUCGGUUUGUGUGAACUCAACAGGAACGCUUGAUCGGCCACCGUAUUGUGUUCAGAGCCAAGAUCACAAUGAAUAUUAUGCGACCUUGUUCUGAACAAUCGACCGUCCCGACAGCGAAUUAUAUUUCGAGAAGUGUUAUGGCCAUUCUCUCCACUCUUGCCUCCCUACUGGCCAGAGUCAAAACAGCUGUUGUCGUGGGACUUGGUGCUCUGUUAACAGCAGUACUUGCCACUGGUUUUCGAGGGGACUGGUUACUUAUUUACGUCCAAGUCAAGGGACUUUGGCAGGGUGAUACGACAUGGAGAACGACCUCCUCUCAACACACGUCCUUCGACAUCGACAACUCAACCGAUCAUGAUUUCGGAAGCCAUGGGAAAUACCUAAAGGGCUUAGGAUUUUACGUUCUUCAAUCUUUAACCGGGGCUUUCCUCAUCUUCUAUGGAGUUGGUGGAUACUUGAAAUGGUACUACUACAUACAACGCCGUGAGAGGGCAGCAGACUGGAAAUGCCAGCCGGAUCGGUUUUUAAAACCGGAAGAAGACCGGUUGGAGUUUUGGUUGGGAUCUCUGAACAUGGUAAUUGGGUCUUUUAUAUCAGGUACCCUCGUGACGUACAUUAUGAACGGAGGGGAAACAAAGCUCUAUUACGGCAUCAACGACUACGGGUGGGGCUACUUCAUCGCCUCCAUCCCACUUACUUACCUGUACAACGAAGCAGCUAUGUACUAUCCUCAUCGUUUGCUGCACUUCCCACUCUUUUACCGUCGAUUUCACAAGCUUCAUCAUCGAUUCAAAGCUCCAACUCCCUGGUCAACCGCUGCCAUGCAUCCUUGUGAAUUCAUCUACUUCCAGUUUUUCCUCGAGAUUCCGAUUUUCCUGUUUCCAUUACACGCAGGGGUUUUUCUGUUCUGGCUGAUCUACGGAUACUACUACGGCAUCAUAUCUCACUCUGGAAUCGAUCUACAUUCUAAACUGCCAUGGCAACCAAGCACAAUGUUCCACGACGAUCACCAUAAGUACUUCCAUUGCAAUUUUGGCGUGAAUACGAUGCUUUUCGAUAAGCUUCAUGGGACCAUCAGGAAAGAGGACAGACUUUACUCAGAAACGAUCUUUGGAGGGAAGGGCGCCUCCAUCAGACGAACUCCAGAUGCAAAAUUCAAGGAUUUGAAUAAAGACAAGUAGCUACACAUCGACAGACAUCACUAAUGUGGGAUAUUAAAAGCGAUAUUCAGCUUCUUUUUUUUAGCAAGUCCGUUAUCUUUGCUUUUCAGCAAGUCCGUUAUCUUUGCGAAUACCAGCAUUUCGUGCAAUGCGUACACUGCAAACACUCUGGAGGUGUUGAUUUAACACCAUCCCGGAAUCUUAAUAUGCCCACACCAGAUAGAGAAGUGUUAAACAACACAAGUUUCGUUUUGGUCUAACACCAGAUAGGUGUUUAUACAACACCAAUAAGUAUUAAAACAGCAUCGGUUUGAUUCCAGACUGGUGUUGUUUCAAUACUUCUCUGGUGUGGACAUAUAAUAUAUUCCGGUGAUGAAUACACUGCAAAACCUCCGGUGUUGAUUUAACACCAGCCCGGAAUCAACACCGGAGUUGUUGCAGUGUAUUCAUCACCGGUAUAUGAUGACAAAAGGAUUCUAAAUUCCUGCGAUUAUCAUCUAUAGUUGAUAAUUAUGUUCUCGUUUGCUUUUAUUACUGCCUUUAAAAUAACUUACAAUAUCAAAUACGACAUAAUUACAUGCAAUAUACAAAAUAAUCCAUAACAUAAAAAAUAUAAUCAUGAUACAUAAUGAAUACAAAAUGGCGAUGUGAGCAUAAACUUAUUAUUUCAAUAAUAAAGAUAAUAAUAAUGAAAAUAUCGGAACGCAGGAGACCGCCAUCGUAAGCGGUUAAGCUUGAGAUUUUCUCAUUAUCUUAUGUACAUGUAUAUAAAUUUUAAUUGUCUAAGUAUUUUUGCGUAUACACAUAUUUCUCAUGUCAGUUUUUACAAAGGUUACUGCUUUUUAAUGUUUGAAAUAUGAAAUGAGUCUUUUAAUUGUUUUUACUUUGUAUACAUGACCAAUUCGGCCAUUUGGCUGCGACUCACGUUUUUAAUAAACCUUGAAUUGAAUUGAAUUGAUGGCGGCCUCAUAAAAAGGUUCGUGACCGAGGUUGAUAUUUACUGAUCAAGUGGGUGCAAUGCAGGUGCAGGUGCUGUAGAUAUCAGUAGAGUAGAAUAAGAAAUUUUAAUUAGUGAAUGUUGAUAUUUGUGUGGUUAUGUUAAUUUUUAUUAUGGGAUGAAUAAAAUUGAAUGAUAUUUCUUUUAAGAGUGGCUUUAAGGAGUAUAAGGUGGAACAAGAUUUAAUAUUGUCUGCAAGAUUUUUCCAAAUGUUUGGUCCAUGAUGUCGAAUUGAUUUAGAGGUAAUCAAUAGCCUGUGGUUUGUGAGAUGAACGUUUCCAGAUAAACGAGUUGGUUAGGUAUGGACAGAACUAUUGAACUUAAACGUGUCUUCAAAGACGAAGGGAGUAGAUUAUUUUAAUAUACUUAAACUAAUGAUAGCCACUUGAAGAGUAUACAAGUCGGCAAUUUUUAGUGCUUUAAAAAAAAAAAUAAAGGAUCGGUGUGGGACAAGUUAUGAGACCCUGGACAAUAUUAAUGAGAACAACUCUAUUUUGUAAUUUAAAAAUAGAAUUCAGCUUUGUAGAACCACAUUUAGCCCCCAAACCGUUACAGUAGGUUAUACAAAAGAGUACUAAGGAAUUAUACAAUAGAAAUAAAGUUUUAUGACGUAGAAUAAUUUUUAACUUGAAAAUUAAUCCAAUACUUUUCGAAAUACACAUUAGGAUGUGAUGCAGAUGCUCAUUCCAAGAUAAAGCUUGAUCUAUGAUAACGCCUAAAAAUCUAGAGCGAGUUUUCGGUUCUAAUGGCGUGCCGUCAAUCUGUAAGUGAAUUUGAGUAAAUGAGAAUGAUAUUUAAAAUGUAUGUAAUGAGUCUUUUUUGUGUUAAAAAUAGUUUGUUAUCUUUAAAUCACUGUGAUACUUUAUUUAUUUCAUGAUUUAAUAUAUUGUUUAAGGAAGUGAGAUAUUUAAGAGGAAAAAAAAACAUUUGUGUCGUCAGCGAAUAAUACAAGAGAUAAAAUGGAUGACGUAUCUAUAAUGUCAUUGACAGAAGAAAUAACAGUGGGGCUAAAAUAGAGCCUUGAGGGACACCACAUUGAAUUCAAAGUGAAUCAGAGUCAUAGCCAUUAAAUGUUACGUAUUGUUUUCGAGUUCUUGAAUAAUUUUUUAACCAAAGGAGGGACUGACCUCGCACACUAUAAUAAUCAAGUUUUAAAAGUAAAAUAUCGUGAUUAAGUCUAUCGAAUGCCUUACUAACGUCACAAAAUGUACCAAUUACAUGUUCUUUAUAUUAAGGAAGUGCGUUUUUAAUUUUAUAAUAAAUUUGGAUAAAAGCCAA